GAAUUCUCGUGCCGCCUCGCCUCAGCUCGGCUCUAAUGGUCUCUUUCGAAGCAAAUGACGACUUGACACCGGUGUCGAUCUUUUUCACUCCCGGUCGUCAUGUUUCGAUUCUAUCUGCAAUAUCAAAUGAUCGGUUUGAGAAAACGGACUUUGAGGUUGAAGACAAAACACUGAUUGCGAGCCUCGGUACUGUCUCGAACUUCGCAGAUGACGAUUAUGAUUUGAAUUUGGAUGCAAACGCACUGGACAUUAACGUAGCUUGGCGCAUUUCUGACACGGCAGUAUCUGGGUUCCAUGAAAUCACCAUUUCUGCGAAUGACUACAACGCUACGUCAUAUAUAGACAUACAAAACACUUCUAGUGGAGCUGCACAAAUAUGCCCACAAUUUUCGGAAUACAUUUCAAUACAUUCUGACGAUUUGAACAAAACUGGAUUUACGAAAGAAGAUAUUAAAAUUUUUUCCCGAAUAGCAAUUUCAAACUGUUAUGUGAAAAAUCUAGAAGUUCACUUCAGAUUGGAGAAUUCGUCACACUUUUUGAUGAUCAAGCGGAUAUUUAUUUCCAAAUUUGGAAGAAACCUUGAGCGAACUAAGACGAAGUCUGAAUUUUUUUCGUCUCACGGCGAUUCAAGGUCACCUGAUUACGUAAGACUGGAUCUCGGGGAUGUAUACAAUACAAAUGCAUAUUGCUCUGGAAAAGAAUUUAUGUGUGGGAAAAGCGAAAACGAAAUUGAGGUCACAAUGAUUGUGACCUUUUUGGAUCAUCAGGAGCUACAAAACAUGCAACAGUUCCCGUUCAGUUUGGAUUACAGGGGGGAUACUCUGUUCAAAAGUGAAAGUGGGAUCAUCAAUUUUGAUUUCGAUCCAUGGGCGACACCCAAAAUCUGCUCGACAGCCCAAGUAGUUGCGGAUACUUACCCUGUUCAAGAAGACGGAAAAUUCAUCGUGAACUUCGAUAUGGAGCACUGCCAAAACUCCAGAGCCGCCGCCAGAGAUCCCAGUAUGGCUCUCAUAACGCCACACUAUGUCCAUUUAGAGUCCUACUUCCAUUUUUCGACCACUGAUGAAAAUAUUUUCUGCCAAUUCGACAAUAUCAGCGCGUUUGUCAAUUGCACCGGCAAUUGGAAUCUUCUAGACACUAUAAGUUUCACAAUACAUGUGAAAGUUGAUGCUGACAAGAUGCCGUUAACUUCUCGCGACUACUUGGCCGAAACGUUGUACUGCGUCGAAUAUAGGCAAUUUAUUAGAAAUGAACUCAGUUCAAUUUAUUCUGACGAAUACCAGUUUUUUGAAAAGUGCGACUCAGUUUCGAUCUCUAUUUUUCGUUCGCCACAGGGAUGCGACGAUGUGGUCGAUCUUUCAACUUUUGAAGAAUGCCAAAUCAGAACUUCCUCCGAUAUGUUCAUUAAAAGGUCAGGCUUGACGGCAUUUUUCACUAACUUACAACCCGGCUGGCUUAGUAACUCAUGGGGUGGCGUUCAGUACAUGAAAAUUGGACUGAAAGCCGAGUAUAAAAUAACUGGAAUUCGGAUCCGAGCAGAAGACAACGUGAAUUGCUUCUUCAUUAAAGUGAGUUUUGAGGGCACGUUAUGGUCGCUGUUCGAAGACAAACUCGGCCACUCUGUUUUCUGUGCGAACCAAUCAGAACUGGUUGAUGUGGAUGGUCUAUCGGCUCAUUACUUUAAGUUCACAGAUUUGCAGACUCGCUAUAUAGGAAUUUUUGUGACCGACUACACUGGAGAUGUGAAUGCUGUCACGAUGCGAUUGGAACUCAUGGGAUGUAUGGAAUCAAAUACGUUCUCAUUGUCAGAGAUCUGUGGGUCGAAGCGAACUCUGGACGAGGCGCAACUGGGUUCGAUCCUCUGUGACCACUUCAACCACAGACUCUACAUAUGUAGAGUAGACCUCGACAAAGAGCUGCAUGUUUGCUACACCGGUGAUUACUCAUCCUCGACUGGGCGGGGGCGGGGGGAGUUUCUUGGAGACAGGUUCACAAUGUGCGCAAUGUGAUUGGCUUCUCUCCCUCGGCCAACACGGCUCUACGCCAUUUCUCGAUCCGGCACUGCAUAUGUUAGCAGCCAGG